AUGUCAAUCAGCACUCGUGUUUAUUCGGUAUCUAAGGUAUACGCCGACGUUAAUUCUACCAAACCUUCAGAGUAUUGGGACUAUGAAAAGCAUACUAUUGAAUGGGGCCAAAUCAAGAACUACGAAAUCAUCAAUAAGAUUGGUAGAGGUAAAUAUUCUGAAGUAUUCCAAGGUGUGAAUAUAUUGAAUGAUGAACCUUGUGUUAUCAAGGUACUUAAACCGGUUAAGAUGAAGAAAAUUUAUAGAGAGGUAAAGAUUUUGAAGAAUUUGACUGGUGGUCCAAAUGUAAUUGGAUUGCUUGAUAUUGUCAAGGAUCAACAACUGAAAAUUCCUGCAUUGAUCUUCGAAAAGGUAAAUAAUAUUGAUUUCAGAGUAUUGUACCCUAAAUUUACCAUACCGGAUAUCCAAUACUACUUCACCCAAUUACUUAUUGCACUUGAUUACUCUCAUCUGAUGGGGAUAAUCCAUAGGGAUGUUAAGCCUCAAAAUAUCAUGAUUGAUCCUUUAAACAAGAAGCUUAGAUUAAUUGACUGGGGGUUGGCCGAAUUUUACCAUUCAGGAAUGGAUUAUAACGUUAGAGUCGCAUCGAGGUACCAUAAGGGGCCUGAACUUUUAAUAAACUUACAACAAUAUGAUUAUUCCUUAGAUUUAUGGUCAGUUGGUUGCAUGAUCGCAGCUAUCGUAUUCAAAAAGGAACCUUUCUUCAGAGGUGACUCAAAUAACGAUCAGUUGGUUCAAAUUGCUAAGGUCUUGGGUACUAAGGAUUUAAUGGCGUAUGUGAAUAAGUACGGAAUUAGAUUGUCUAAAGAUUAUGACAACAUAUUAGGGAACUAUCCAAGACAACCAUGGAGCAAGUUUAUAAAUUCUGAGGCUGAAAAAUUCGUCAGCGACGAGGUUAUUGAUAUUAUCGAUAAAUUGUUGACCUAUGAUCAUCAGUUGAGACCGACAGCUAAAGAAGCACUUGAGCAUCCAUUUUUCAAGAUGAAAUAG